AACACGUCCAGUCGUCCUGUAGUCAUGAGUCUGCUCUUCAGCGUGAUGCUCGUGCUGCUCACGUCUCCUCUCGGGAAGACGUUUGUUCUCCAUCGUUCACCUGAGACAUCUGAGGUCAAAGCCAACAGAGGACAUCUGAACAUCAGGAAAACCCUUCUGGAAUCUUUGCAUCUUCAGCAGGAGCCCCGCGUGUCCGUGUCGGGGAUGAAUCGUCUGCGUGACCAAUGGAAAACCUCUUUCAUAACCACCAUUCAGUCCACCGCAGGUAAUUCAUCAUGGCCGGAGGAUUCUGGAAACAGGACAGAACAGAAGUGCUGCACACAUUCCUCACAGGUGUUCAUUGAAGAUUUGGGUUGGGAGCGCUGGAUUGUUUAUCCGGAGAGUUUCACCUUCACUCAGUGUAAAUCCUGUUCUCACAACACGGAUCCGACUGCACAGUGCUGUAAGCCGAGGGCUCACGACAUCCUCCCAUUCGUCUACGUGGAUGAACGGAGCAGUUUGGUUCUGUCCUCUGUGAGUCUGACCCGCACAUGUGGCUGCGACCCCGGAGAGGACACACAGGACCCUGAGGUCAUGACCCCUUCCUAAAAACCUCCCGGACGCUUCAUUGCUCACGUCCAGUCGAUAAACACAGUUAAAAGCUUGUAGGAUUUGUAGGUUAAAUUGCUAUACAAACUCAUUUUGGCUGAAAUACUCGAGGUUUAUGAAAAUGUCUUUAUAUUUUACUCUUGCUGCUGUUGGGAGGUCAGACAUAGUCACGUCAUGAACACAAAUUCUUGAAUUCUGUGGGUUUUAGGGGUGUGUUCGAGUGGAAAAAUACAAUAUGAAAGUUCUCAGAAGACAUAAAGUUCUCGAUCUAUGCCAGUUUUUCUUUUAUUGAAGUACACAAUGCACCGUCUGUUGCAAACCAACCCAAGGCCGAAUGUCUCUGUUGAGCUGUUUUUAGGUUUAAUGGUGCUGCGGUUUCAGUCUGGCCUGAUUUCAGUCGUAUGUUCCAUAAAACUAGGAACGCUGCCAAAACGUUCCCAGCGUGAUUCUGUCCUCUUGAAUUCUUCAUUUGCCCUAAAUAUCAUUUGGUCUUUUAAAUGCAGUUCGUAUAAUUGAUGUUUAGUUUGUUGCUUGUUGGUUCAUGUGCACAUGCCUCUGUGUGUGUCUUCAUGAUAAGAACGGGAACAUCCAAAAUCCACUGAAUCAUUUGAUGACCUCUCUUCAUUAUUCUUAAUCCCCUCACGGCCAAUAAACAUCAGUGCCAGUCAGUAUUCACCAUUUUCAUGUUUAAUGAUUUUCAUUUUUGUUCUUGUGUAACAGAAUCUCUUCUGUAAAUGUUUAAAUUCCACACAUAAUUGUAUUAGAAAGCCUUCAUAAGCCUUCUGAAUGGCAAACUAACACUCUAAUGCAUGAUUUAUCUUAACAAAAAUCAUUGUAUAUCCAAUGUAUCUGUAUAAUGUCCUAUUAAA